AUGGCCAAGGUUCCUGCGCCUCCAACUGUCGUCAAGACAGAUCCCACGGCAAUCCCCUUUGUCGGGUGCCAGCCUGCGAAGAAGGUUCAAAUGGAGGCAGUCGACAUCAAGGAAGCCGAAAAAUACACCGGAGACUUGGCUGUGUUUUCAGUUCUCGCCCCAGGAUGCUUCCACGACGACCCAAAUGCGUCUCAGCCACAGAAAGGACCCGUCGCACUUCCCGAAAUCGCGCAAAAUUUCGACGACGCUGUCGGUCAGGGCAUGCUGAAGGACGCCGCCGAUGCUUCCGACUUCAAAGCCAAAAUGGGCUCCCACGUCUUUGUCCGUCUCCCGUCAAAGUCGUCUCCAGCUGUCAAGAGUCUGGCCGCGCUAGGCUUCGGCUCACUCGCCGAGUUGACUCCGCCCUCUGUUGCGAAGGCUGCGUCUGCGUUGGCGGGCAUGCUUCUCCGAGGCGCCGGAGAGAAAGCGAAGAACGUCGCUCUCGUUCUUCCUUCCUGUCCGAAGGGGGGAUGUCCCUCUCCCGAAGGCCAAAAGAAGACGCAGGAAAUGAAGGAGAGAGUCGUUACCAGCUUCUUGGAGACUUUGCUCGUCGAGCUCCAGCCUGACCUGAGAUUCAAGGGGGACCGCGACGGCGGAAAAGACUCCGGCCCUCAGCUCGAGAAACUCACUCUUUUCACCGAUGAUGUCGAAGCCGUCAACCGCUCCAUUGCUCGAGCAAAGAUCGUUGCUCCAGGGGUCUACUUCGCCCAGGAGCUCGUCAAUGCACCAGCGAACUACUGCAACCCCGUCACGCUCGCACAGGCCGCUGUCGACAUGGCUAAAGAGGCAGGGCUAGAGGCGGAAGUGCUUCAGCGGGACGAAAUCGAGAAACUGAACAUGGGCUGCUACCUCGCCGUCGCGAAAGGAUCGCUCUUCCCUCCUCAGUUUAUUCACCUCACCUACAAGUCUUCCAAUCCCAAGCGGAAGGUCGCGCUCGUCGGCAAGGGCAUCUGCUUCGAUGCCGGCGGCUACAACUUGAAGACUGGCGGCGCUCAAAUCGAGCUGAUGAAGUUCGACAUGGGAGGCGCAGCGGCUGUCCUUGGAGCCGCCCGCGCACUCGGAGAGUUGAAACCCGAAAACGUCGAGAUCCACUUCCUGGUCGCAGCGUGCGAAAACAUGAUUUCCGAUAAAUCGUACCGCCCCGGAGACGUCAUUACCGCGAGCAACGGGAAAACUGUCGAGAUCGGAAACACCGACGCGGAAGGCAGGCUCACCCUCGCCGAUGCUCUGAUCUACGCGGAGAAGACAGUCAAGGCGGACACUAUUGUCGAUGUCGCGACGCUAACUGGAGCUGUGAUCAUUGCUCUCGGAUACAAGUAUGCUGGCUUGUGGAGCAACAGAGAAUGCAUGGCCAGCAGCAUUCUCAAGAGCGCUGAAAAUAGCGGAGAGUACAUGUGGCACAUGCCGCUAGCCAAAGACUACGCCGAGGCUCUCGACAGCAAGUGCGCCGACAUGAACAAUGUCGGAGGCAAGGGGAAGGGCGGCUCCAUCAUCGCUGCGGUCUUCCUCAACAAAUUCGUCGAGAAGGCCUGCUGGGCACACAUCGACAUUGCAGGAACCGCCUGGGAUACGAAGACAAACAGGGCGACAGGUUUCGGUGUCCGCACACUCGUCGAGUACAUCAUGGACAUCAGCGAGAAAACAAAAGAGAACUAA